AUGGGGUCCCGGCCGGGGUUAAAAGGUGACCUGCCCAGCGCCCCAAGUGUCUGGCGGAUUUGGGAGGCCUCAGUGCAGCAGCACUUCAGCUCUGUUACUUCGGAGGAGGCGGGGGAGGGGCGCGGGGCCGCAGCAGAGCUCCGGGGUCCUCAGCGCAGCAAGAGGGGAGCCAGGUCGCCUCCCAGCCCCGCCCACGUGCCGGGGACCUGGGAAGCGGGGACCCGUUUGAGGACGGGGAGGCAAGAACAACCGACGCAUUCCCAGAGUCCCGGGCGGCUCCCGGCUUUCUCCUUACCUGCCCUCAGCUGCCGGGGCCGCUCACCAUCUACCUCGCACCCUCACACGGACCUUCCGGGCAGCCAACCUGCAAAACAGAGCAGCACAGGAAUUACCCGCCGGGUUGGGCGCCCUACACGCUCCCGAGACACUGCCUCGCCCAGGACCGCGCCGAGGGGCCGCAAGGAGGAGGGUGGGGGUGAGUGCGUAACCGGGCUAGGCUGCCAAUCCCUGGCCCCGCGCGGGCUGAGUGACAGGGAGCCGGGCAAUGGCAGCACGAGCCGGGGGUUACCUCCGCGCGCCCCCGCCCUCCCCCGCCCCCUGCACCCCGCCCUCACCGCCCGCCCGCCCGCCCCGCCCCGGUCGCGCGCUAACUCCGGGGCUCGACUGGCGGCAAACGCGGCGCAGAGCGACGCGAGGAAGACGAGCGCAGCGCGGGAGCCCAGGCCGUGGAGGGGGACGCCGGUCCCGAGGCCGCCCCGGGGCUCCCCGCCCUUCUCUCGCCCUUUUGGCGCCCUGGAGGGAGUGGCAGAAGGAGGCGAGGUGCUGGAGAACCGGUUCUCGCUCUCCCGCGCGCCACCCAGCUCGGCGGCCCGGUGGGCGCGAGGACCCGGGAGCCGCGGGCUGGAGGGGAGCGGGCCCCCGGCCCCUCUCCCGGCGCCGCGGGCCCCAGUGUCUUCAUCCACCGCGCCACCAUCCGCAGAGGGACGCCGCGGGCGGCUCGUGCUGGCACAGGCUACUUUGCCGAGCGCGGGAGCAGCUCCCAGUGCGCAGAUCCCGCCUCGGCGCCUCAGGACUCCCGCGCCUGCGAGCAGCACCCGCAGGGGAGGCACGGCCACUUACCUGCUCUUCGGCGUCUCCUGGUGUUCCCAGUCCCCACGAAAGGUGUUUGCAAAUCCUAAACGCUUCUUUUGA